UUUAAACCAGCGGACCCGUCCGCGCCUUGCGCGUCAGCAGGCGACUGCACAGCACAUGUCUUGAUUCCCGAUUGAGAAAAGCAAAGUGGUUUGGUUUGGGUGGAUCCUGGAUGGAAGGAGGCGAUGGAAUGUGUGUUUGCCGUGGACAGUGCGUUUUCCUAUACGUCUUGUAAUGAUAACAGGACAAGCCACCCGAGACUCAACAUCAACGGCAUUGUGAGUCGCAGUGAUCAAAGACCUGGCCAUGAAUGAGGAGACCAGGACGUGUGACUGACCAAGGAAGCUUUGACAACACAACUUUAGACUAAAGAAAAAUGAUGUGUAUCCAGGGUGGAACUGACUGUUAGCCUGAUAACCAUCGCUAUGGCGUUUUGCAACGGCAGCCUGCUGGCUAGGUGUGCCCCCCUGAUGGAGCUGGAAGAAGAGGAAGGGGUGGUGAUUUCACCACCGCCGCCUCCGCCGCCAGGGGUUGGGACUACUAGUCCCCUCAUGCCUGUCACCCUGCGUGUGACGCUGGCCGCUAUCAUGAUCUUCAUGAUCGCCAUCGGUUUCCUAGGCAACGCCAUCGUGUGUCUGAUCGUCUACCAGAAGCCCGCCAUGCGUUCUGCCAUCAACCUGCUCCUCGCUACGCUGGCAUUCUCUGACAUCAUGCUCUCGCUGCUCUGCAUGCCCUUCACCGCCGUCACCGUGGCUACCGCCGACUGGCGCUUCGGGGGCGGGUUCUGCCGUGCUUCCGUCAUGCUCUAUUGGCUCUUUGUCCUGGAGGGUGUGUCCAUCCUCCUCAUCAUCAGCGUAGACCGUUUCCUCAUUAUCGUUCAGCGGCAGGACAAGCUGACGCCACACCGUGCCAAGCUGCUCAUCGGCGCUUCCUGGGCGCUGUCUCUCUGCGUGGCGCUCCCGUCCGUGAUCGGCUGGCGGGCGGGCGCGGCGGGUGUGACGGGCAUUGGGGGGGCCUGGGCACCACAGUGCGUGCUGGGCUACAGUGAGUCGCUGGCUGACCGCUGCUACACGGUGCUGCUGGCAGUGGCUGUAUUCUUUGUGCCGUUUGGCAUCAUGCUCUACUCCUACCUGUGCAUCCUUAACACGGUCCGACGCAACGCCCUGCGCAUCCACAACCACACCUCCGACCAGGCCAGCCUCCCGGUCCUCAACCAGGUCAGCAAGCUGGGCCUGACUGGCCUGCAACGUCCCCCGCAGGUCAAUGUGGACAUGAGCUUCAAGACACGGGCCUUCACCACCAUCCUCAUCCUCUUCAUCGGCUUCUCUGUGUGCUGGCUUCCCCACACAGUGGUCAGUUUGCUGGCCGUGUUCAGCCGGAGGUUCUACUUCAGCCCUGCCUUCUAUCCGGUCAGUGUGGGGGCUCUGUGGCUCAGCUAUCUGAAGACCGUGUUUAACCCAGUCAUCUACUGCUGGAGGAUCAGGAAGUUCCGGGAGGCGUGUCUGGAGUUCAUGCCCAAGAGCUGCAGGCUGUGUCCCAGGGUGCCGGGCCGGAGCCACAGGAGGGUGAGACCCAGUAACAUCUACGUGUGCAGUGAGACCCAGUCGGCUGUGUGACAGUAACAUCUACGUGUGCAGUGAGACCCAGUCGGCUGUGUGACAGUAACAUCUACGUGUGCAGUGAGACCCAGUCGGCUGUGUGACAGUAACAUCUACGUGUGCAGUGAGACCCAGUCGGCUGUGUGACAGUAACAUCUACGUGUGCAGUGAGACCCAGUCGGCUGUGUGGAACUAACGGUCACUCUGAGGACACGCCAUGGUAACCGUGGAAAGCAGUGGUCACCAACUCUGGUCUUGAAGCUACAGGACGCUCCACUGGUGUAAAGGACAUGCUAUACUCUAUACGAUUUGUUAAGACAUCAACAUUUCAACAGUAUAGACGGCUUGCUGCUGAAACAUUGCUGUCUUUUAACAAAUUAUUUGCAUUGGCGCAAUAGUGGCGAGGACAGUACAUUCUUGUGUUUUGUCUAAAGUGCUGUGGACACUGGACAGCCAUGAACAGAGCCACACAAAAGUCUUUGUGUGACUGUCUUUAUUUCCCUUCUCCUAAAAAAAAGACCUGAAGAGAAAUGAUGUACAACUGGGAACAGUGUUUUCUAAUUAACCGUUUCCAUGGUGUUUGUAUAAUUGGCUGAGUACUGUUGGUGAUCGUUUACCCAGAUGGUUGUUGUAUAUGUCUAAUUAUACUGUAUGUAAAUGAAAACGUUGGAUAAAAUUGUAAAGAAAUGUUGAUCAGUAUAAAAGUGUUUCUGUGAAUGAAUAAUUGAUUAACAAUCUAAUGAACAGGUGUGUUGACGUCAUCAACUAUGCAUAUGUAGCCUAUAGACUGAGUAGAAAUUAAAGAUAACAAAUCAUGUUAAACACAGUUAUAACCGU